AUGCUGUCAACUACCCCAACAGAGGACCUGAAGGACCCUGAAAUUGCAGAACUCUUCUUCAAAGAAGAUCCAGAGAAGCUCUUCACAGAUCUCAGAGAAGUUGGCCAUGGAAGCUUUGGAGCAGUGUACUCUGCACGAGAUGUGCGCACCAAUGAAGUGGUGGCUAUCAAGAAAUUAUUUUAUACUGGAAUGCGGUCUACGAAGGACAUUAUUAAGGAAGUCAGGUUUCUACAAAUAUUAAAACAUCCCAACAUUAUAGAAAACAAAGGCUGCUAUUUAAGUGAGCACACAGCAUGGCUUGUAAUGGAAUACUGUAUAGGAUCUGUUUCAGAUUUUCUGAAAGAAUGA